GGUCUUUCAGAGCAUAUAUAAGAGUACUGGACGCCGGAGAAGGGGGGAUGGCUAGCCGAGAUCAAGAGCAUCGAAUUUCUAUUCCUGAUCAUAAUAAUGCUGGUGGAUCUGGUGUCAGUGUCGGCCCCGGAUUCAUUAAUGAGGAGGACGUGUGUAGUCUCCCGAUCGAACCGGCCGAUUUGGGUGAGGAGUGGAUUCGAGAGGUGGAGGACAAAAUUGUUUCCGCAUUCGAAGAUUCGACAGUACUGUGGCAUUCGGAUUUCAAGGAUGAAACAGGACCUAAGAUUUGCAUGCUGCCGCUGCGUGACUCUCAGCCAAGGUUGGAGACGAAAGGGGGGCUUUCCCAGCCAAGCGUGGUGACAAUAGGGCCAUUUCAUCGGCAGGAUAGGGUGAGUAUUUCCGACAAAGAAAAAUGGAUGAUUGUGGGCCUCAUGAAUCUUUUGUGUGGUCUCGACUUGGCGAGCUGCCUCGUAAAGAUAAAAAAUCAAGUAGCAAACGCCCGCAACAGCUACUCCAAUUUAGAUGUAUCUGAUCAAAGCUCCGGUUUUAAAGAUGACAAAAGUUUCGCAGAGAUGCUGCUGCUUGAUAGCUACUUCAUCUUGUUUAUGUUGACCAUUAAGUUACGUAAAGGACCGACAGAUUAUACAUUGAUGCCGCCAACACUUAAUAAGUUUACAGAGCCGCCGCUUAAGCUGUUUCAAGACGACCAUUUCAAAUUUCUCGACAUCAUAUUCAACAAAGAUGAUAUCGCACUUGAUCUGCUGAUCCUCGAUAACCAAAUCCCUUUCUUUGUGAUCGAGGAGCUACUUAAGGAGCUCGAGUCGGAGAAGCCUCUCCAUGAGUAUGCCCUCGAGUUCUUCGAGACAAUCCAUCCAAGGUCGGCCCAACAUUGCAAGGACAAGAAUAUUAGUCCUCCCGAAUUCCUACAUCUGCUCGAUCUUUUCCACUGGUCUCGGGUCCCACAGAACAAGUACACCUUGCCUCGACAGCUAGAUUCUAUUGACUGGGUACCCCAUACUCCGAAUGCGAUGGAACUUAGAGAAUCCGCAACAGUGUUUGAAAAGAAGACGUCCGGGAGCUCAUUGGAUAUCACAUUUCAGAGACGUAGGUUUAAAGGCAUUAUUGGGGUGCUCGACAUCCCAGAGUUACACUUCCGCAACUAUAGCAGCCUCAUCUUCUAUAACCUCAUCGCCUUCGAGAUACAAUCUUCAAGCCGGGGUCGCUGCACCAUGGCCUUUUCUGCACUUAUGCGGAACUUGCUGCAAACCGAGGAAGAUGUGAAGCUGCUUCGGCGAAGCGGCAUUUUGGUGAGCUCAUCCAUGACCGCCAGCCAACUCACUGAUCUCUUCGAACGCUUGAGCAGAUUGACUGAAAACCAUCAAAUGCCAAGCGAUCUGUCUGCAAUUUGCGAUCAGGUCCUGUCUUACCACAAUGACAGAGCGUAUCAAUUCUUCCGCUUCAUCAUUCUCUGGUACUUCCCCAACCCACAGGCGACUUUUUUGGUAUUUGUUUCUGGCUUGCUUUUUGUUCCCACCAUCUUGCAAACCAUAUACGCUAUGAUCUACCAUAGUUGAAUGCUCUACAUGUUAUUAUCAUCUUGUAUGAUAGCAAGGAGUCUGUAUUUUACUGAAAUAAAAAACUUGUAUUGUACUACCAAAUGGGUUGUUGUUAAAUUUACUAUGUAACAUCCUCUGUACGUUGCUACCUACUUUGGUGU